AUGCUUUACGACUAAGGGAUCGAAGGAAAUCGAGACCGGAGCGAUCAGGAUGUCCCAAGGUAAGGAUAUCGCGUGUGCUUAUCCGUCCGCAGGAAGCGAAUAAACUUUCGGCCACACAAAUGCGGCCGCACGUGCGAUUUCGCAUAGGGGCGGUGCAGCGCCGCACGGGAGAGAGAGGGUGACAGAGGGUGGAGUGAUAUCUCCGGAUGGAAGGGAGUAUCCCCCUACCUCGCGCUCCCUCACUUCUAGCCAGCACGAGGUGAGAGAAUGGAGGACGGCCAGGUGAUUCAGACGCGCGUGCCACCCCGCAGAAACUGACGUUCUUCAUUAGCUCGCGGAAUCUCACCGAUCUUCGCCCCCUCGCGAGGCGGCCCGUGCAGUGCAAGGAUUCUUCGAUUCCAAAAAUCCUACGUGGAUAACUUCGAGCUGUGAUCGGACGGAAAGUUGUACCCCCUUGUGAAGUUAUUAAUACCGGAAGUUAUUAUUCGGCCGGACAUGGCAGCGUACAGUGAAAAAUGAAUUUCGAUCGCAUUACAAAGACGCGUAAUGAAGAAAUAAGAGAAAAAGGGAAUUGCGAAGGAUAAUCGGAUUUAAAAUCUUCGAGAAAUAUUGGGACGCAAAACUUCCAAGAUCAUCUUGGAAUCAUAUGGAAGAACUUCAUCUUUAAGAGGACAGACUCUCUCUCCGGAUCUUCCUGCUUCGCUUGGAAGAGAUAUUCUGAAAUCUUCGGCGAGACUCCUCGUAUAUGAAUCAUCGAACCUGCCGAUCGUAAACCCGUUCAAUGUCCGCGAAGAAGACGAGAAGGCCGUCGUCGCCGCGACGUUUCUUCGCGCGGCUCUACGGCCACUUGGAGGCGACGAAGAAAACGGAGGACGACGAGGAUGAGGAUCACGCGCGAGAGAGCCUGGAUUCUUCGCCAGAAAUCACGGAGAAAGCAUCACACGCGCUUCCCGAUUCGCCCGAAUCACACAAAAUGUUGCCUGUGCCACACUCCAAGGACCUCGAAAAAGUGCCAAACGACGUCGCGAGUAGUAAAAUAUUCGAGAGCAAGGAAACGAAGAGAGAUACGAUGCUCACAGGUGUGAGACUGCCUUUCCUGCACGGAUUCCUUCCGCGCGGACCCGGUCAGACUUUUCAUCUAACGCAGCUCGCGCAUCCGCCCACGCUGCCGUCACAUCUUCACGUUCUACCGAAUCAUCAGUCUAUGGCCGAUCACCACUUCCAAGGAUUCUCAGCCUUCUUAGCGCGUAGAAGAAGGAAAGAAGGUCGACCGCGAAGACAAAGGACGACGUUCAGUGGCGAACAAACCCUGAGGUUGGAAGUGGAGUAUCGGCGGGGAGAGUACAUUUCGAGAGGACGCAGAUUUGAGCUCGCAACUUCCUUAAGACUUACCGAGACGCAAAUCAAAAUCUGGUUCCAGAACAGGCGCGCCAAGGACAAAAGAAUCGAAAAGGCGCAACUAGACCAGCAGUAUCGAAACUUUGCGGUAUCGAACGGCCUAGUGAAUCUGCCGCUGUACAAUGCGACAGGAUUCUGCGGCCUCUGCCUGUACAAAGAUACCUAUGGGUCGGUGACCAACCACUCCUGCGUCUCCGGCAACCCCGUCGUCGCAGACUCGUCUUCUUUGAAGGAUCAGCCGCGUUACAGCAGUAGUGGCAGCGAGACGUCCGAUAAUCCACCGAACCUCGUGUCCACGACUUAAUUGAAUCCAGCGCGCAAUCACUACGUUUAUUUGAAAUAAUCACUGAAUAAGUUUAUCUUCUUUUCUGUUUUUUUUUUCUCUUUAUAUCAUUACGCAACGUAAAGGCAAUUUCAACAAUCAGUUUUCGGCGUGCACGAAAGAUAUGAAAA